AUGGGGUUUUCUCUUCUCUCCUCCGCCCUGGCGCAAACGGCCGCGCUGGCCCGCGGCGCAAUGCGCAGCAUGACCACCACGGGUACAAGCAGUGAAGGAACGGUCUCUGCCUCUGGUGACAAGAACACAACAAACACAAACACACAAAACAACACACAAAAAAUCAACACCAAUUCCCAUCAAAACAACAACACUUCCAACAACAAUCACGAAAGUGAUACCAACACCACCCCCACCACAAGCCGUCCAUCCGCCCAACCAAUCGCCUUCCCCAGCCGUCGACUACAGCAAAAUUCCACAAUUCUAGAAGAGGGUGCGGACGACCUCGCGGUGCUGUCAUCAGCUCCGCCCGUUGCUCCCUCGCCGCUGUCGAGUUUUGUGGACAGGCCGUCCAAGAUGGUCGCCCUGUCACAGAGAACUGUGAGGAAUGGCGCGCGUCCUGUCAGUACAAGGAGCUCUGUCAGGUCAAGAAGUAGGAGCCGGAUAGUCAGCAGGAGGAGGAGUGUUGGGGAGAUGACGAUGGAUGAGGGUGUUGGGAAUAUUGUUAAGACUGGUGAGACUGGCGAGACUGUCCAGACUGUCAACGACAAGACUGCUGUCAACGAAACCACUGUCAGCAAAGACCCUCUCAAUCACCAGAUUGUCAAGGCUAUCAACAAACCCAUCAACCCCCAACACACCACCACCACAACUCAAACCCCCACCAACACCCAAACCACCCCCACCCAAAAUCCCCCUAUCAAAAAAACCAAAGAACAACGCAAAGCCGAAGUAGCAGCCUACGUCCAACGCAAAAAAGCCGCAGACGCCCACGCCGCCUGGCUCCAAGCCUGGCGCGCAGCCUCCUACGACCCGGGCUCAGGCCUCCUCACAGUGGCCGUAGAACGGGCAAAAGAGCGGCAAUCCGCACAACGGACUGAACGGAUUGUCGCGAAGGGGGGGUGGAAUCAUGGGUGGGCUAGGGUGCCUUUGCCUCCUAGAGAUCCUACUCCUAGAGAUGAUCAGGAUGGGAUGAGGGAGGAGAUGGAGGGGCUUGAUAUGGAAGGUUUAGGGGGGAAUGAUGAAGACAGAAAGAGGAAGUGGGGGGUGCCGAGGUUGGUGUUGGUUGAUGCUGAGGGAGGGGAGUGGGGGUUGGAGGAUGUGAAGGAGUAUCCGGAGGCGCCGACGGAGAGUGUGGAGGAGGUGGUGGGGAAUAGUUGGUUGGUUUGA